AUGUAUUCGCUGAAUACGCUGAGCUUUGCCAAUAAGGCACCCUUUCAUGAAGAAAUGCUAAAGUAUUUUAUACUGAUACUUCGGGCAAGUGGCUCGCUUCCUAUAGCGUUCUUGAAGUGUUCGUGGUUUUUCUACGACGUAGUGACGAAGUGCAUUUGUCAGCAGUUGUUCAGGCUUGGUAAAAGCGAGAUUAAUGGAUUAGAACGACUUCCUACCGAAUUUCAGUACCGUCUGGAUUCCUUUGUCGACAACUGGCUCUCUUAUUUCAUGUUGAAGUAUAUGGCUCACGUGGAGGAUAUGAAUAUCGCUGCAUUUUCCCUUAUUUAUUUCCUCAGGAAUUUACUUCACCUAAUGAAUCGCGGCUUCGUUCUGAAGUUGAUUUUUCUGGUUUUCCAACGAUUCCUUUCUUCAGAAAUUCAGUGUCUGCAUCAGCUAGUCAACGAAAUGCUACAGUUGCUUUGCGACAGUGCUCACUUUGUUCCUUUAAACAUACCACUUCUUGUGAACAAAAAUGGCAUCGUUUGCGGUAUUGACGAACCCCCGAAAUCCGUUGCAAAGACGCAGACAAAAGAGAAGGAUGGAAAUCGCUUGUUUCGACGGCUGAUGAAUCUUGGUGCUGGUUUGUGGUCGGAUCAGUCAGAAGAGCUUCCCGAUUGUAUUUCAGUCAUCUGUGAAAAACCGGACCUGCAGCACGAAUUCUUCCUUUCUACUGCAUUUAGCACAACGCAUUACAUUGUCGGCUUGUUGCUGUUGCAGUUGGAGAGUGUUUUGUCGCAGUCGUCUGAAGAUGACAGAGACAUAUACUGGCAGUAUCUGUCGGUAGAAGAGGUAUACCAGUUUAUCGAUUUGCUGGUUCUAUGCUAUGCGACGUUUAAGUACCGUGGCAAACGCAAGAUUCAGACGACGGUGUCAAAAAGGAUUCACUCUUUACCACUGCGCAGCGCUGAUCAUUCCUUUUCCUCGUCAGCGUCUGUCGAAACUGACGGGUCUUUGCGAAUGCCGGAACUGCACAGAACAUGCGGUGAGAAUUCUUUCGCCGCCUUGCAAGAGGGCCACCUGGCGCGUGAGGUCGGCUACGUAGUGCUACAGUGCCUGAAGUAUCUGUUACGCUUUUCGCCGGUUUCCUUGCAGGACCAUGCGUCUUGUAUCGAGUUCGUUGAACGCGUUUGGCCACUGUUUGCACAGAUGGUCGACGGAUACACCGCCUGUGAUCUGGUCGUUCUCGUGUUAGACUGUUUAAAGACGCUUUUUACGAAGAUAUCUCUUCGUGAAUGCCUUAGUACCCAACUGGAUCAGGCCCUUCUUAGUCACAAAUCAGCGCAGCUCUUUGUUCAAGACUUGCUUCAGGCGUGUCUCUACCACUGCAUCUAA